AUGCCUUCGACCAGUGCUACGAGCUCCCUGGAGGGUGCCCCUCUUGCCGACUACUUCUGGAUAGCAGGCGUGGACGGAUCAGAGGUCUUGGAAACUUACCGACGACUGGGCGACGACUAUCGCAUCAACAGUGCCGUUUCGCCGGGCCCCGCACUCGCCGAUGCCAUCCAAGAAGAUGCCGACGCUGAAGAAGAAUACAAGCCGGAGGGCGCCUCCCGACCCCCGUCAGCCUUAUACACGGGCCCUACCCGCCGCAGCUCCAACCAACGAUUGUCGACUCUCUCAAAAGACUCAGGGCAGACCAAUGGUUCUAGCAGUAACCGGAGUAGCGUGACCGUCAAGGGUGCGUCGUCGCCCUUACGGGCCUCGGCCAUGUUUGACGGAGAAUUCGAUUUCGACUCGGCUUUGUUCAAAUUCGCGAAUGAGCGGGAAUCAUUCCUGACCGAUUUGAGCUUGAGCGCUGGCGCUAUUACCCCAAACUCCCGCCCGCGAUCUCGCGUCCGGACACAGAAGAUCGUUGCGGAGGAUUCGCCGUCCCCUGGAGGGUCCGGUCUGCUCAGAUCCGGCAUUGGCAGUGUUCGUCGGCAUAUGGCAUUCCGGGAUAUGAGCAGUAUGAAGAGGCAACCAUCCAUUGCCCGCCAAGCUUCCGUGCGAACUUCUAGACGACUCAGCAAUUACAAUUCCGUGAUCCCCGUUCCGCAACCCCUCGAAAUCUCCCCCUCCAUGCAUCCUUUGAAGCGACGUUUUGAACCCGUUCUGCUCGACCGAUACCCCACCCGAGACAUGGCAGACGAUACCAAGCAGCGUGGCAGAUUCCCGGAUUAUGUCCCGAUGUUUGCCUUCCCGAAUGAUAUCAAUAUCGUGUCUUCUGACGAGCGGCCGCGCUCUACAUGGCACGGCUUUGCCAUGACAACGGACAACGGAUCCAAGCUCCAUGCGAUUUGCGUGAUUAUCUGGAUCCCUCUCAACAUACUGGCUGCAGAUGAGCUUGAGAAACGUUGCGAGGAAUGGCGGAGGGACAACAUGACUGAUGAGGAGCGUGAGCUGGCAGCUAGUCUCGGCGAGAGGCUUGCACAGGAGCGAGCCAAGCUUUCGCAGCUUCUGGCUCAGCUGCCGAAUGUGCCGUCAGGCUCCGAAUCUCGUGAGCAGCUCGAGGACGAGAUUAGUGCCGUCGAGGAGAAGAUUGGGCUCAUGACCGAUUUGCUACGACCUGUACGACACGGCGCAGCCUCAAAGAUCGAGGGUCUGACGGACGGUGAUACUGGAUUCUGGAUUCCCCGUGCCUAUGGUAUCCUCGGCCGUGAGGCCAACAUGACUACCUUCUGGAAGGAAUGGCUCAAGGCGAUUGUUGUUCCUAUGACCGAGGGUGGUGUCAAGCGUAUCCCGCAAAGCUCACCGCGAAUGGGUUUUUGGCAACCGCUUGAGCGCUAUGUCAUGAACCUUUGCACCGAGGCAUUUUGCCCCGUUUCUUCGAAGACUCAAGUCGAGCUUGCAAUUAAAGACUUGCGACUCUUCGCGCGACAGGAAGCUUCCAAUGAGCUCCCUGGGUCUCGCAACACCGAUCUAUAUGCCCUGUUCCGAACUCUUUCCGUCCCUAACAUUAUGAUUCUGUUCGAGUACGCUUUGACCGAGUCCCGCAUCAUCUUCUUGUCCUCUCAUACCUCCAUGCUCUAUCUCGCGACCCGAGCCUUGGUUGAUCUGUUGUUCCCGAUCGAGUGGGCAGGUGUCUUGAUUCCAGUGCUUCCAGCUCGGUUAGUCCAGGCCAUCGAAGCCCCGUGUCCGUACAUUGUGGGUAUUGAGCGUCGUUAUGAGAAGGUUGAAUUGCCAACCGACGACUUUGUUCUAGUGGAUCUGGACAAUGACAUGAUUGAAAGCACCGUUCAACCUACCCCUCUUCCUCGACACCAACGCCGAAAGCUCCUAUCCCUCUUGCAAUUGGCCGCUCCACACCAUGGCCGCUGUAGGGUUCCAACGGGCCCUCCAGCAUAUGCGGUUGAGACUUACCCAUGGGACACAUUCUUGACGGAAACUCCAGCAUCAUAUACCUCUAAAGCCCCGCCCACAAACCUGGCCAAGUAUGUGGGUCUCAACUCGACCGCAUUCGGUUCAACCGCUGUGGUCCCGGGUUCUUACCAACCGCCCAUCUUUAAUGCUUUCCUCCAUGCCCGCCAGGAACACGGCUCUACUUCCCGCGGAUACUCUUCCAAGGGCUCUGAUCGACCGGGAACUAGCUCAACGGCCAAGGCCGGUGCCUCUCCUCCUUCCCCUCGCGAGAAUUCCUCCCCCACCUCGGGCUAUUUCCCACCGCCUCCGCCUACUCCUUCGUCUCGCAAUGACUCCGGUAUGGCGUUACAGGCUUCGCUUCGUGAAAAGCGCUCCGGUCAUUUUGAUUCUGCAUCGAGAAGAAGCUCGUCUCUUGGAAUGACUCGCCGCCCGAGUGCACCGUUCCUCGGACAUGCCUCCAACCUUUCAGUCACCACUUUGAACACAGACUACGGCCAAGGGUCAACCUAUGCCCCGUCCGUGUAUGCUCAAUCCACCAUCGCCGCUUCGACUAUUGUCCCGCCGUCCAGUGUGCAACAUGUCAACAAUGCCGAGGGAACCUGCUGGGUGGAAGGCCAUUACUUCCAGACCCAGCCUUGGGACGACAAGUUGGUCUGUACCAUCUGUGAUGACCGAGCGGAGGAGGGCAUGUAUAAGUGCCAAGCGUGCAAGUUGACUGUCCACAACCGUUGUGCCUCUCAAGUCUGUCUUGUCUGUGAUGCGGCGUUCCACCCUGAUCAGAUUCGCGCGGCGUUCGUGAGAUGCUUCGCUAGCUUGUUUUAUACUUAUAAGAAGUACCUUGUGCCUGCUAGCAGUGAAAAACGGAAGGCCGGGAUGUACUAUGUUUUCAACAUGGAAGCCUUCAUGAAGAGUCUUCCUAGUGAGCAUGCCGAGUAUAUUGCCGUCCUGCAACAGACCCAGGGCUUCAACGAGUUCAUCAGUGAGCGAGAGCGAACUAGCCCCAAGGCUAAGGACUCGAAGAUGGCCUUGUUCGACGAGAUUGUUCUUUCGAAGCGCAAUCGUGGCCGCACUUCCAUCUUCUCUGGCCGAUCGACCACCGACUUCUUGUCAGAUACCUCGAACCAUCUGUGGCGGACUGCCAGCGCUACUUUCUUCACCCCCACUAGUCGGAGCCAGCAGGGCCUCUCUGCCGACUACAGCCGGGUGGCUACCAGAGCACCGGCGAAAUUGGAUACUAGUCUGAUGAAAGAACCCCGCAUGAUCCACGGAGCUCCACGGGUGUCCAAGACGGCUACUGCGCGCAGGAAGCCACUACCUAAACUGAUGGACGGGCUGGCGAUCUCCCCGUCCUCUCCGCCGAGUUAA